GUAUAAUAUCGUGUUUAGGUUCAGUUAUAUGCGCGUGUGUUUGUGUGUUCAUAUCAAUGUUCCUAUGAAGAGGGCACAACCGUUUGGACAAUGGGAACGAUUGCGAUCUCUGACGGGAUUCUACACAGGACAGUCAUAGUAUUCGCGCUCCUGUCGGGCACCAUGUGUGUCUAUAACAACAGGACUGUCAGUAUAGGUGUGAUAGUGGGUCGGGUGGACGAGCGAUCAGCCCUCAUCAACCGGUCCGUGGAGAUCGCCAUGAAGGCUUCCAACAAUACCAAGUAUAUCCGCAUGAACCCCAUCAAGGUGCAGACUGAUCUGCGAGACAGCUUUACCCUCAGACAAUCAUUCUGCACGUUGAUAGAGCAUCAGCCUAUCGCCUUGCUGGGUACGUCACGAAGCGAAACGUUCGGUAUCAUUGAGUCAUACAGCCGCGCGCUGAGGGUUCCGUUCUUCGUUCCGACCCUGACCCGAGAGGCGACCGGCGAUACGGGAAGCUUCAUAAUCAGCAUGUGUCCAUCCUUCACGGACGCCGUCGUUGACUUUAUACGUCACUUCCGAUGGACGCGUGUGUUCUAUCUGUUCGACACAGAUGACGCGCUGUGGCGUCUACAGAAGUUGUACGAGGCGUUUAGCGGUCACAGAGUCGGCGGCAGGAAAGUGCCAUUCUUGAUUGACGCCAUCCGCAUCCCGAACGUGAACGACUGCAGGGAAAUUCUGAGGAAAUUGGACCGGAACUAUAACUUUGAAAGCAAGAGAAUAGUUGUCGAUCUGUAUUCCAUUCAAGACUACGAUGUUUUCAUGAGCCAAAUUAUCGACGUUGGCAUGAACAGAGACGGCUACCACUACCUAUUGGGGACGUUGGACAUUAAUGGUAUGAAUCCGGAGCUAUGGCGGUCGUUCACGUUCGGGGGUGUGAACAUCACGGGAUUCCAGCUGGUCCGGGCAUCCCACCGCCACAACGCCCUGCAUGAGCUGCUCGAAGGAGACCAACAACCCUCCGUGGAGACGGCGUUGACGGUUGACGCGGUGGCCGUGCUGACGACGGCGCUCGUUCAGCUCAUUAACCGCCCGGACAAGUUGGAUAUCCUGGGUUUCCGGCGAGGGGAGCUGUUCCUCCACAUGAACUGCAGUGCCGACCCGAUCAGGGCCUGGGAGAAGGGACACCUCAUAUUGGAGCAAGUUCUCAAUGUGACGAGCCAAGGGAUGUCGGGCAACAUCGCGUUCGACAAGAGCGGACGCCGAAAGGACUAUUCUCUGGACCUCUACCACCUUAGCUACAGGUCCAAGCUUAGAAAGGUUGGCACCUGGAAACACGGUUUUGGGUUCCGGGAGCUGACCCUCCCCUUCCCGAGCCAGAACAACAAGGGCAAACAGAAUAACGGGACGCUCAUCAUCACCACGAUCAUUAACCCACCGUUCGUGCAGGCGAGUCGCCUAGAGAAGGGGCGACCGGCGGUCGGGGAGGAGCGCUUUGAGGGGUUCUGUAUCGACAUGAUCAAGGUGAUCGCUCAGAAGGUGAACUUCAACUACACGAUCCGCGAGGUGUUGGAUAGGGAGUACGGAUCCAAGCUCAACGACGGCUCCUGGGACGGCAUGGUUGGCGAAAUCAUCCGGGAGGAGGCGGACAUAGCGUUGGCUAGUUUGACUAUUAGCAGUAAGCGAGAAGAGGUCGUGUAUUUUACGAAGCCCUACAUGAACACCGGUAUCUCCAUCAUGAUCAAGCGGCCAGAGCGCGACAAGCCGGGCGUCUUCUCCUUCAUGGAUCCGCUCUCGUACGCCGUCUGGGGCUGUAUUAUCGGUGGCUUUUUCGGCGUCAGUCUUAUGCUCUACAUGGUUGGCCGCUUCAGUCCCUACGAGUGGCAACCGGAUGAGGGCAGCGGCAACGUGGUGGCGCCCUCAGAUACUUUCUCCUUUAUUAAUACCCUAUGGUUCUCACUGGGUGCUUUGAUGCAGCAGGGGCCUGAUAUUUUCCCAAGGUCUCUGUCUGGGCGGGUGCUGGCGAGCGCGUGGUGGUUUUUCACGCUCAUAACGAUCUCCUCGUACACGGCUAACCUGGCCGCCUUCCUCACCUUCGAGAAGCUUACAACGCCCAUCAAUUCCGUGGACGAUUUAGUCACGCAGUCUAAAAUCAAGUACGGCAGCCAGGGAAAGGGCACCACCCAUGACUUCUUCAAGGACUCGAAGGUGCCGACGUACCAGACGAUGCACAACGUGAUGGAGGAGACGGUGCCAUCAGUGUACGUGGAAAGCCCGGAUGAAGGAUGGAAGCGUGUUAUUAGGGAGCGUGGUAAAUACGCUUUCCUCCUCGAGUCCGCCAACAAUAACUACUUCAACCAGCGAAAACCCUGCAAGACAAUGAAAGUCGGCCGAAACCUCGACCAGAAGGGAUACGGUAUUGCCAUGCAAAAGUGGUCAAACAUCAGCCACCUAGUAAACAUUGCGGUACUUGAGAUGGCAGAGAGGGGUGACCUGCUGAAACUGGAACAACGCUGGUGGUACAACAAGGGCGAGUGUGGCAAUGCCGAGGGCGGAGGGGACAAGGAAAAGAAUGCCUUAAACCUGAGCAAUGUGUCUGGAAUAUUCCACAUCCUCAUCGGUGGCCUCGUGCUCUCCAUGAUCAUCUCCCUUACACAGAUACUCUUCAAAUCCAAAAUCAAACGGAGGACAUAUGCGGAUAUAUAUCGCGUCAACAAAACCAACGACUCUGAGGUGACAAUUCGAGCACCUGCCAAACGCGUCACCAUAGAAACGCCAUCAUCACCUGUGAUCACAUUUACAACGAGCAAUGGAGGGGAGCCUCACUUGAUAUCAUUUGACGACGACAAUCGGCCGCCAAGCGACGAGAUCACCACAUUGAAUGACGCCGUUACCUGACGUCUGUCAACUCGCCAUUCAGAUGGGUGUCAUUUUUGACUUCUCGUUAUAUUCAUCCUACAUACAACGGGGUUAUUCUAAAUGUCAACAGUGGACUGCACAGAGCAGCGUUAUAAAGGUGACUUUUCCGGCUCUUCCUGGCGGUCAUGCGCAGAGAGAAAUCCCGUGUGUGAUGUCCUUCAUGGAUAAUUCACUGACACUGACAGUCUUUACACGACACUGUAUUUUUCUCAGUUGUUUAAUGAUAUCAUGCUCAUCGAACCAUAUCGAAUUCAUAUUUCACUAACUUCUGAGUCAAUCAUGUUUGCAAGUAGAAACUUGCUAAACAUUGUAAUUGCAUUUAUACUAGUGCUGUAUGAUAUUAAUAGAUGCCAUCGUCAUGCGGAAGUACCUUUUUGUGCAAAAGGGCUCAAGUUGUUGUUCAAGAAGUUCGAACAAUCAUAUCAUAUGGCAUCUGACCUACAACUUCAUGUUGUUUUUAUCUACUCUUUAUCGAAAUUGAAUAUCACUUUACUAUUACAUUACUGUUGUGUUUCUAUAUUUGAUUUUAA